CUUCAACCUCAACUCAUCGAAACCAUCAAUUUCCUUUUGUGAAAAUCAUCGAAAUCUCUUUGUAACCGUCACAUUUUUCAUCAAUGGCUGAACAUUACCAACAGUCCUACCAAACGCAGCACCACACUCAACAACAACCUCGGUCCCACCAAGUUGUGAAGGCGGCAACUGCUGUCACCGCUGGUGGCUCUCUUUUGCUUCUCUCCUGUUUGAUUAUGGCUGCUACCGUCAUUGCACUGACCAUUGCCACUCCACUCUUCGUCAUAUUCAGUCCUGUUCUUGUUCCUGCUGUCAUUACAAUGGCUCUGCUGACGACGGGCUUCAUCGCCUCCGGUGGUUUUGGUGUUGCAGCUAUCACUGUUUUGUCAUGGAUCUACAGGUUUGUUACUGGGAAGCACCCACCUGGGGAGGAUCAGUUUGAUUAUGCACGCAAUAAACUGGCUAGUAAAGCGCGAGAAAUGAAGGACAGAGUUGAGCAAUAUGGACAGCAGCACACGGUGACGCAGCAGCAUCAGAGCUCUUAAGCCGUGUGAUGUUGAUCAUGUGAUCUCUGCCUUGUGAUGGAAGAUGUUGUAGACAAUUGGGCGGAGAUCAAGCGGCUAUUAUACAAUCAAGUGUUGUGAUUAAGAAUUUAAUUGGUUGUCUGUGUUUGUUGUUAAUAAACAGAAUGUUGUACUGGGUUCUCUGUAAGUAUUUUAGUGUUAUUACUGUUUUGAUAUGCGUCUCUUCUUAAUAGUUGCUCAAUUCAUGUCCAGUGUUAUUUCCUUUGUUCUAUUUAUUUAUAAUUAUUUUCUUUA